AUGCUUGUUUUAUUGGAUUGUUUAGGGGUUUUUAUUUCUUUGGCGCAGGUAGAAGGAGAAAAAAAAAAAAAAAAAAAAGGAGGAAGAAAGGGUACAAACAGCAUGCCAUCGGAUGAAGAAGCUCUGGCAGCGCAGUACGCACGUCGGCAGGAGUUGUUGAAGCAGUUGAAUGAAGUUAACAGCGCCAUCAGGAGCUUGGAGCAGAAGAUAUCCGAGAAGACCGCUCAAAACGUGGAAAAGAAUUCUAUGGAUGCUGCUACGGGGGGCGAUACAGAGAUGGAAAAGCUGGACUACCUUCUUGACCGCUGUGUACGGGAUUCCAAUGGUUUGCGGGACGCCAUGAAGUUUGUCGAUGCGUGCAAGGCCCUGAGGGAAAAUGCUGCAGAAGAAGAGAGUAGCAAAGAAAAGCAUUUCUUCUGCAAUCGCUUUGUGCACAAAGUUAUUGCCAGAUCACCCGUGCUUGCGACCGAUCCCAAUGGCAGUGAGCUCAUCCAAAACACGCUAGGAUUGUUGAAAAAUGGGGGUUCUGUAUCUCCGGCAUUGAACUCCACGGAUUACAUUGCAGACCGCGCCAGUGACCUGUCGGAGAUUCUUCUUCUUCUGGGGGAGAUAAAAGGGCACAUACCGCGUAUCUGCUAUGACACGAACGGCACCCGUUUUACGCAGAAACUUUUUGAUUACGUGAAGAGCGUGGACGAGUUGGAAUUUUGUGCGGAAUGCUUUUCGGAUUCGAUCAUACCGCUUUGCAAAGACAUUAAUGGUAGCCACAGUGUCGCCCGUCUUUUAGCCGCCGCGCGUCAGUCGAAUUUUUCUGACGAGAAUGGGAAGGUUGAUGCUGCCACUGAAGAGAAGCUAUCAGGGAUCCACAAAAUGCUUUACAAGAACUUUGCGGAAAAUUGCGUUGAUGUUUGCAGAAAUCGUCAGGGGUGCUGCAUUAUUCAAAAGUGUCUUCAAUGGACACCCGAGCCGUAUUUUUCCAUGAUUAUCGACACCGUUUUACAGAACACCCUUAAGCUCGUGAAUGAUCCCUUUGGUAAUUAUGUCGUACAAUUUAUUUUGGACAACGAGAAGGAGCUCUCGCCACGCGGCCAGUCAGGCCAAGAGGCUACGAACUACACGAAUCGAACGAUACGACAGAUGCUGCAUAAUGUCGCGUCACUUUCGUGCGACAAGU